GUCCAAGCGACCUUGCCUGAAUGUAGAGUUCUCUGAAGCCACGGCUCACCGUUCCGAGCCGCAGAAAGAAUUCGACCCGCUUUCGGUUUAGACUACUACAUAAGAAGAAAUCGAAUCCUUCUGAUUUCUGUCUCAGAGUUUCCAUCCAAGGUUGAACCCAAGCCGAUGUAUACCAAGGCCGGGCGAUCUCCCCUGCAGUCAUAAUAUUUCGGAGGAGACCAGCAACAAGUGCCAGAUUACAAGUUCUCCUGUGCCUCGGCAGAUCCAGGCGGGAGCCAUGGGGCACCUUCCGAGACGUCAGAAAGCCUCUCCAGCCUCUCAUCUCCGGCGACCAGCUGCCACAUCGAUGAAACACGAUAGAGAUGAUAGGCUCAGCUCACUGCCUGAUGACAUUCUCGUCAACAUUCUUGACCGGCUCAAUGCCCGCGAUGCCUCAAGAACCAGCGUCCUCUCCAGGCGGUGGAGUCAGCUCUUGGUCAAGCUCUCUCGACUGAUAAUAAAUGCUAAGGACUUCCUGCCCGAGGGAUUGUCAAACGACAACAUGUCUGGUGACGACUUGGUUCGGGUGAAUGCUGCUGCUGUGGAAGCGACAAAGAGCCUGCUGGCAUGCAGAAAUCCAGGUGAACACACCAUCCGCCUCCUGUCCACGGCAUUCUACUUGAGAGAUGAUGUUCCCAUAUCCAUCGGACAUGCUGUUGGCAACGCCAUGGCGACACACAAGGUUGAGAAAGCCGAAUUCACUGUUUUGACAGAGAAGCAACACCUGCAGUGCACUCUUGAUGAUACGGUGAACUACGGGGCACAGUUCGUGUCAUUUUUUAACGAGUGUCUGAAUGCAUUUUCUGGUCUGACACGGCUCUACCUGGAGAAUCUGACAUUUGCUGAAUCUGACAUGGUCUCCAACAUACUCGUUGCUUGUAAGCAGUUAAAAUAUUUAGGUUUUCUCAACUGUGAGACAGAGAGUUGGAUGACGCUCCAAGUUGAGCAUGCACAACUCAGCGAGCUCAGUUUCGUGGAUUGCUGUUUUGGCGAAGUGGAACUGAAGUGGCUCCCGAGACUGAGUCGAGUAAACUUUGUGAUUUGGAGGGUCUACAAAGAUCUACCGCUGUCAUUUGGUCAUGUCCCAUUGCUUGAGGCUGUGACCCUUGUAAAUGUUGCUCUUAGUUGGCACAAAAUGGUCAAGUUAAGCACGUUACUUUCUGAGACCUCUGUACAAGAGCUGCACUUGGGGUUUAAAUGCGAAAAGAUUUGGGUUCAGCCAGAGCGUCUGACGAAAAGGCAGGCAUCUGCGUUCCAGCGACUAAGGAUUGUCAAUCUAGAUUGCAUUCCUGAAGGGUAUGAUCUCACAUGGACAAUGUUCAUUCUGGAAGCUGCACCAUCGCUGGAGGAGUUCUACAUGACGGUAAUGGAUCACCCAUGUGAAAUGCAAAUGAAUAAGAAGAGGAGGAAGAAAGCCUUGUAUAGCAAGAGGAAAGGCGUAGAGUGGGAAUCACCUACAUCCAAUUUCGUGCACCACCAUCUUACCAAGCUCAUCAUCUUCUGCUUUGAUUCUUGCAUGGUGAGUCAUGUCAGGCGUGUCAUUAAAGCAGCGGUGAAUCUAAAGGAUGUGUACCUGUAUGAUAGACUGACAUGUGAUGAUUGCAAACACCUGGAACCUCUAAAGCCGAAUACAUUCCCAUUGUCAAAGAAGCAUAGGUGUUCAAUGAGGAUGGUAAUGACACAGGGCAUCGAGUCACAUGCCAGGAUUCGCUUCCUUAGCUGUGAUGGAAUUCGCGAUGAUCAUGUUGACAUGAUACUAUUCUAGUGUUUUCGUUGAAAAGACUGAAGUUUUCUUAAUAAUGUUUGUACUCUAUGACUUGUGGCAGGUUUCAUUUUGCUUUUGUAGCUGUAAAACCAGUUGAAAGAAAUUGUGGCACUGUUGCAAAUCAUUCCAUAAAUUACUUAAUCCCCUUGUAAACUUUGAAGUAAAUUUUAGGCCAAGUUGUAGAAUCCUAUUGGAUAUUGAUCCAGUGAUCUGCAAUGUGCAUUUGCGUUGCUGAUGUGUGCAUCAGUUGAUAUGGUCCAA